CUCCGACUCACUUCGAUGGGAGGGACUAGCUCUAUUUCCGUAAGAGACUAGCCGUAAUUUCCUUUUUAUCCCACCCACCAACCAUACUUUCUAGGAUGAAUGGCACUGGGCUCUGACGGUGUUGAUAUAACAACCCGGUUAUGAUGGACAUGCCCUUUCGUGGCAGGCCUAGAAAACCUUGCCCACUGAUUUAUUCAAGUCCGAUGCUGUCUGCUAUCACGAUUUCGAUGUUUAGAUCUAUUUUCUAAUAUAUUUUCGAAUACUUGCAGAGUAAUGGCAAUAUUUAUUGCACACUCACUCGGGGUAAGCCAGACGUAUAAGCUAACGGAUAGAAUGGUUACACUUGAUGUAUCUUCACAGACCACUAACUCAUAUGUCCAAGUCGGCUUCCGUCGACAAAGACGAUAUAGUCCCAUACUACCUGAUUUGCCUUUUGCUAUCGAACAUGAUGUUGAACAAAAAACCACUGUUCUGGUGCUAACCGUUGAAUCAAGACAAAAAACACAGUUUGAGUCCUUGAUACAGUAUGCCGCAAUUCAGUUGCAAAACAUGGCUUUGAAAUGUAGGAUUUCUAUCCGCUUGUUACAUAUUACCACGUGCUGCACGAAGCUGCCUGAUGGUCUAAGCACGUUUGAUGCUGGAAUUAUGAAUGAAUGGAGAGAAGAAGAAGAAGGGGUUUGGAUAUUGUAUAUUGUGUUUCCUUCGUUGACCAUGACCGUAGCCUGCAAGGGUUCGAGCCAGACCGAGAUCAACUAG